GCGUACAUAAAUAAACAAAGAUGCCCCCCAUUUACACCAAAUAUUGGAGCUGAUCGCCCUGCGUAUUUGCUGUCACCCGUUGCUAAGAACGACCAUGAAGAUCCUGUUUGUUGGUCUCAUUUUGCUCUCCAUUUAUUCAUGCAUUCACUCCUUUGCAGCCCACUAUCCAGCUGGAAAGAAUCGACCGUGCUGCGUUUCAGUCUUCAAGAAAAACAUCAGCACUUUGGUUACCGGGAACGAAUAUCGUGAGCAGCCCGCUAAAUAUCCCUGCGUGAACGCUGUAAUAUUCACCACAACUGAAGGACAGGUGUGUGCUGAUCCCGGGGCCUCAUGGGUAAAAAAACAAAUUGUCAAUAUGAAGAAGGUUAGAUGAACUAUGGCCUCCUGUCUGAGAGAUUUUGCUGGUCCAGGAACCCCGCCCACCCACAUCAUAUUUAUACUCAUUGAUCUAUGAACAAUGCUUGAUCUGAUGCUUACAGGGGAGAUUCUUUUUAUAAAUCUGCAGAAAGUAAGAAAAUAAAUGUAUUUCACAUCACUAACCAUAAAGUGUUACUUUUUUGUUUCCAUUCCCUACGUCAAAACAAAUGUGUGUCUAAAUAUGAUAAAUUAAUAAUGAUUAUUGAUAAUGAAUAAACAGAUCAUAAAGA